AUGCAAACGUUCGAGGAAUGGGAGAAGCAGGAAGAUAGGGAGUUCGAGAAAUACAAGAAGAAGGUUUGCAAGAUGGCGACCGAGUUGCAACGGUUCCCAAACCGCCAAGUGAGGUUAGUUGGAAAUAGGAUACUUUUUUUUCUGAUUGUCCAAGUUACUUGCUUAUUCAAAAAUUAAAAUAUCGUUUUUAGUGACGCAAGACCGGCUCCGGAAAACCAGUGGGACCCGGUCCAACUGAUAUCUAUUGUGAUGACAAUUAAACUAAUGUAUCAACGAUGGCUUCUAUCCUCGGCUGGAUAUUAUACCAAAGACCUGCUCUUUGCUAUGCAAUUCUUAGCCACCCACCCGCUUAUUCAAUUCAAAAACAAAGCCGGCCAAACGGGCACAACUUUGCCAAUGGUAGUUGUUGAAUCGCGCAACUUUCAAUUGUAAAAAGAACAUUUUAGGACCACUACGCUGACCACGAUUGGUUACGACUAAUUGGGGACAAAACGAACGUUGGCGGUCUCAUCUUGCAGAAAUGUUCGUCCUGUCUAGAGCCAUUGGUUGUGCAGGAACUGUUUGAGCAUGUGGAGCAGAGAUUGCGCAUGGGAUACGUGGAUAACUGCGCUGACAUCAUUCUCGAAGUGACGAUGCCCAGAGUUCUUGAAGAUUGGGCUCGUCUGGAUUAUAAAGGAGGGGAGAGAAAAACAAACGAGGUGAUCUAGCGCGGGAGUGUGGUUUCAUACGUUGGUUUACUUUUCAGAUGUACCUCAAUAUCUGCAAGCAGAUCUCUAAGAAGUACAAGUCCUCAGAUUUUCCUGAUUGCUCCAUCAAGCUUCUCGGAUCGUUCUACAAAUCGAUCGAGGCAAGUGCGAGAGAUCAUUUCUCGCCCAAAAUCUUCCACUUCCUUGCUGCAUGGACUCUGACAAGCACGUCCACCGCACACGUCGUCGAGUCCCUCAACGUUUUAACCGGCUUAAACUUCGAAGUUCUCCUCGGUCAGCAUCCCUUCUUGUAUUUCCUCCCAAUUUUGCGAAAUUUAGUUGACAGAGACUCAUUUCGCCCAGCGCUCUCCUCAUUAGUCAUCGGUUGCCUCCAAAAAGAUGACUCCAAACUGACUGACCCCAUUUUCCGUCUUCUGUCCAAAAUUGUAACGGCACUCCAACCCGGUUGUGAGUUUUGGGUCCUCGGAGACAUUGUGAACUACCUGAUCGGAGAUCAGAACUUCCCCCACUUGGUAUGUAUGUGCCCGAUGCCUCUAAAAAUCGAUUUCUUUCUAGGAGAAGACCCUCGCGCUCCACCUCCAGGCGAACCGAGGGUUGUUCUAUUUGAGCGAUGAUCUUUUUUCUUCUUUGCAAAAAAGUAAGUAGGAAUAUGAUUGCCAUUUCAAGUCUUUUUUUUGUAGAUAUCAACGAGCGCAAUUCGGAGGGUUCCAGUCUUCUGGCGGCCCGACUUCUCAUCAAGAUCAAAUUCGGUAAUGAUCAUCCAACCGAUAGCUGGUAUUUGGUAAGCGAAAGCGGGAAUCAAUUUAACUGAAGUUAACGUUGUGCAAUUGGUUUCAGAACUAUGAUGGGUCGCUGGUCACUCGUGAUGUUCGGCCGGAAUGGGAGAUUUCACGGGUAAGUAAUCUCAAAUUGCCUCUAAUCAGUUUGGUUUGUAGAAAGAACUGAAGCAGUUCGAGAAGGCAUUCCCGCUGUUCUUGCUUGACGGAAGCGACUUGGUCUUCGAAGCAACUGAAUGGGACUCAAAGUCGAUUCUGGUCCUGUUCAAUAUGAUGGCGGCAAAAAGGAGAUGUGAGCAUAGCAAAGAACUUAAAUAUUUUUACAGAAUAAUUUCAGGCGCAAACAUCACGCUUCUGAGAACAAGAAGCAUUGAGUUUUGCGAAGAGCGGUUCUGCGCACCGAUUCAGCCGGCCAUGUUUGCGGUUUUGUAAGUAGUGAGUGGAAACAUUGUGGAAAAUUCUUUUUGCAGCUUCAUCAGAAGAAUGAUGAACUUUCUUAACCAUCACUGGAAUGGGUGCGAAUACAGCUAUCUCCACCACACAAAUAAGGAUUACAUACACGCGACAGAGUAUGAGAAGCGGUUCCCGCGCGCUCUCGAAUUCACCAAAAAAACUCUCUACAAUUUUUACUAUGUAGCAGUUCCUGAGCACUUCGUAAGUCAUAAACAUACUAAAAAGUAUUGUGAAUCGUUUUAGCACUUCGGAGGAACCGAAGUUCUCCCGUAUCUGGAGCCGCUAGUGGAAGUUCUGGUGCAGGCGUUGGAAGGAGGACAUCGCACAGAUAUGCAGCUCAUUCUGAGUCAUGAAGCCUCAGUGUGCCUUCGAGUAAAUCUGGCAUAGAGAAUUUAUAAUCACCACACUACUUUAGGGACUUUUCAUGUUCUCUCCGAAGCUCGGGAUGAAGCUGUCAGUAGCGCUGAUGCGUUGCGAUUACAGUUUAAACUUUCUCGGAACGACGAAGGACAACGAGACCAACGGUGAGUGAAACGUUACGGUAACCACAAAAUCUCAUUCUGUUCAGAGAUUAAGCGACGUUGGAAAAGAGAGCGAGAUGAAGACGCCAAGCACUUGCGUUUCUCGUGCACCACGAAGUACAUGAACAUGGUGUUUAGAUCCGGCGCUUUUAAAUGUUCCAAAGACAAAUUCCUCCAAAUGGAGAAAGGGCUCUUUUUGAUAAAGGCGGGCAAUUUGUACGACUUGCCAGAGGUGGGUAUAAACUUUUUUUCCAGAAGUGAGUGUAUCGAUGUGUUAUAGGCGCUGGAGUACGUCGCCACCGCCCACUUCUUCCUUUCCAUCCCGAGACUCGACCAAUGGUAUCGUCGUGAUUUCCCGUUCCUCUAA